GUGAGAGGCGGCGGGGGCGGGGCUACAGGGUUGUCCCCGACGGCGCUCCGUCGCGGGGCGGAUGUGACGUCCUGCGUGUCUGCCGUUAGCUUCCGGGUGAGGCGCUACCCGCUUCGCUUCCCCCCGGACAGACUCCUGCUGGAAACAAUGCAGCCCCUCGAGGUCAGGUCUGUGUUUGAGGCUGCCCAGGACCCCACCUUCCUGCAUGGACUCUCCCUCGUCAAUGGCUUUUCAGAGGACGUGCGGUCCACAGACUCUAAUGCCAUAACGCAAGAGAAGCUAGUGGCGGCCAGUGGGGAGGAGAGAGCCCGAGGGGUCCCAGAGAUAUCGGACCGGAUGUGCUGCUCAGCCUGCUCCCGGGUGUUUGACAGCAGGGAGGAGCAGACUGAGCAUUACCGCCUGGACUGGCACCGCUUUAACCUGAAGCAGCGUUUGCUGGGGCGCCGGGCACUUGCAGCAGAGGAGUUUGAGGAGAAGACCCAUGCAGGUGAUGUCUCCAGCAUCUCCGGGUCCGAUUCUGACAACUCCGAUUCGGGCAGCGAGACCGACCUGCUCCCUCCCCGAGGCCAUGCAGACCCAGGGAGCGGCCAGCAGAGCCACCGCUCGGCUAAGAUUCUGUUCCGCAACUCCCAGGGCCAGCUGCUCUCCGCCUACCGCUGUGUGCUGGGCAGUAAGAAGGGUGGUGGUGAGCAGCAGGCGGAGCUGGUGACAUCUCUGCAGGGCCUGGGCGCAGGCACCUGUUGGGUUAUCCUGAUGACAGGCGGUGGACACUUUGCAGGAGCCGUCUUCAGGGGGGACAUGUGGCACUCCCAGAGCCUUCACGGGCCCCUCGCAGCAGCAGCUCCUGGGAUACCCUUCUUCUGCCUGUCUGUCCCCCGAAGCUGGCAGUGUGCUCUGGCUGGAAGAGGAGUGUUCAUUUCCCUUCUGUAUGGAGGCCCCAACAGGGGCAGGAGCUCACCCGGGUCCCAGAGUGAGUCAGUGCUGGAGCUGGGAAGAAAACCCAGGAGUCCUGACACCCACCCAGUGUGUGCCGCACAGACCCAUGGCCAGGCCUGCCCUCAUGGAGUGGGGCUUAGGCCCUGUUCCCCCAUGGCAACAAGGGUCUGGAUCCUGCUGCCCUGGCCCACUCUGAGGUUUCUCUCCCCCAGGCCUGAGGUGCUGGAUCACAAGACCUUCCAUCGGUACACGGUGCGUGCCCGCCGCGGCACGGUGCAGGGAGCGCGCGAUGCCCAGGGCCAGGCCUCCAUGCCCAAAUCGGCUGGCGCCUCACUGCGGCGUUACAACGAGGCGGCUCUGCUCAAGGACAUCCAGGACCUACUGGCCAGCUGGGCACAACAUCUGCAGGGAGCCCAGCGCAUCUUCCUGCGUGCCCCCCGUGCCAACCGGGCACUGCUCUUCGGCGGCAGGAACCCCCCUCUGCACAAGGACGACCCCCGCGUCUACAACAUCCCCUUCAGCACUCGCAGAGCCACUUUCAGGGAGGUGCUGCGGGUGCACGUGGCCCUGGCCACCCUGCAGGUGUAUGGGAAGGACACAGCGGUGGCGGAUCUCGCUGGCUCCCCCCGGAAGGGCUGGAGGAAAGUGCCGUGUGCGCCGGUGGAAGAGCCCCAGCAGGGUGACGCCAGCACCCCGUCGGAGGAGGAGGAGAGCCAGGCUGGGGAGCUGGAGACGGUGGAGGUGACGCUGAGCACGCUGCAGCUCCAGGAGUUUGAGGUGAUGCCUAAGCGAAGCCGCAAGAGGAGGAAGAAGAAAAACAAAGUGGGGAGAGGGGCCUGCGCCGAGGGGCCAGGAGGCCAUGAAGAGCCCGAGGGCUCAGCACCGCAGCCAGGAGCAGGGAUGGUGGCAGAGCCCCAGGACGGACCUGGGGCAGAGCCUGCUCCCUGGGAGAAUGGAGAAACGCUGCUGGGCCAGCUCCGUGAUGCCCUGUUCACGGCCUGCAAGACGGGGGACACGGGGACGCUGCGGCGCCUCCUGGGUGCGGCGGAGAGCGGGGCCCCCCCUGCGGGCAGCGAGGAUGGUGCUGUGGGGCAGCCCCAAGGCCACCCUGGCAGGGUGCAGAGUGAGGGGUCAGAGCCCACCUGCGCGGCCCCUGGGCUCCUCUCGCUGCUCGGCGAGCCCAUCGAUGGGACCGGCUUCACCCUGCUGCACGUGGCGGCUGCGGCAGGGAAGGGGGCAGCCGUGCGACUGCUGCUGGAGGCUGGUGCCGACCCUGCGCUCAGGGACUGGCAGGAGCGACCCCCAUAUUGCGUCUCUGCCGACAAGUCGACACGCAACGUCUUCCGCAGGUUCAUGGUGGAUCACCCAGCCAAGUACGACUACAGGCGGGCCAAGGUGCCCGGGCCCCUGACGGCGGAGAUGGAGGCCGGGCGGCUGGAGAAGCAGCGGGCGCAGAAAGCACAGCGGAAGCAGCGGGCGCAGGAGCAGGAGGAGAAGCGGCGCUUUGCGGCCCUGCCAGACCGGGAGAAGAGGGCCCUCGCUGCCGAGCGGAGACUGGCUGCCCAGCUGCCGGACACGGGCGCGGCUCUCGCCAACACCAGGCGCUGCUGGCAGUGCGGCGAGUCCCUGCUGGGCCGGAUCCCCUUCCACUACCUCGACUUCUCCUUCUGCUCCACGGGCUGCCUGCAGGCUCAUCGCCGGGGCCGCGCCGGCCCCACCUAGUGCCCACAUCGCCGGGAAGGCAGGCAGCUGCCGAGCGCAAUGGGGGUUGUGUGGAAACGGACAGUCGCCUGCCGGGUGCUGGGGGGAGGCGCUGAGAGCUCCCGGGGGGCUGAGCCCGAGUGUAAAUCCCUGUCGCAGCUCAAGGCCUCCUUCCCAGCACGGGGGGCAGCCCCCUGCCUCAAGGGGAAGGGGAUCAUGGCGCAGGAUGGGUUGGGUGGGGGGCAAGCACCGACCCCUGGGCAGGAGCGUCACCGUCACACGGGGUCAGGGUCCUGUUUUGGGGCAGGGGGUGCUGAAGGGGCAGCGUGGCUGGUGGAUCGAUGGAGGAGGGACCAGAGGGCUCAACGCUGGUGCUGUGUGAUCCACCUGAGUGUGCCCCACAAGCUGGGCUGAGGGUGGUUAAUGACGGGCAGCUUGGCUCAGGGCAGCAGCCCCUUGCCUUGGGGGGGAGCUCCCUGCAGCACCCUGGGCCCUGUCCGGCACCCGUGAAUCCUCCCCUUUACCCAGGGGCUGAGCUGGCCGGCCCGGGGUAGCUCAAGCGGUGACUGACUCAGGACGCUGCCCCUGAAGCUCAGCCCAGCAGGCGCCUGCCCUUGCUGCUGGAUCUGGGGAAGGGGGGGAAGGUGAUAUAGCCCCCCCACCGCUUCCCCCUUGCCCUGCAGAGAUGGGGGAGGAAUCUCCCCCCCCACCCCCAAGUGCCCAAGGUCCUAGUCACCCCCUGUGUGCUGGGGGCCAUGCUGUGGACGGGUGCCUGGUUUUUCCCCAGGGUGCAGUACCUUGACCCCACUACCCUGAGCAAGCCCCCAAGGGCCCUUGAGUGCCCCCCGGGGCUCUGAACCCGGGCUCUGGCUCAGGGUGGCUCGGCUGGUGCCCCCGUGGUCCCUCAGAGCUGUUCACGGCCCGUGAGGUUUGCGGGGAACCACGCUGGGGCGGGCACGGCGCCAGGGUGACAGAACACGCCGGACACGGCAGGGAAGGCACGAGAUUUUCUUUGCUUUACCAGGUAAUAAAAUGUAACCCCUGGUGCCCAGCCUGGGGGGCGAGUCGGCAGGCGGGAAACCAGCGCCGCAGGAGUAGCCCCCGCGGCACGUGGCCGCAACGCACCCCGCACCGGCAAUAAAGGGCAAGCCAAAGCC